AUGUAAAAGCCAUAACAUUUCGAUGCGCCCCAAUCGCGCGCAUGAUGGGCUCUGUUUUUUUGACGCUCCUUGCGUCAACCCUGGCUGUUGCACAUGUCUUUGACCUCUCUGAGCUACAGUGGACGCUCAAGAACCAGAAUGGCUCUAUUGUCGUGCCCGGCUCCUUACCCUCACAGACUCACCUUGAUCUUUUCGAGGCUGGUAUCAUUGAUGACCCAUUGUUUGGUAUCAACGAGUUCACAGAAAGAUGGGUCAUCAACGAUAACUGGACUUACACCGCGGACUUGACUCCAUUCACUCAAACUUACCAGAGUAACACGUCCGGAAAGACACUCCUUAUUUUCUAUGGAAUCGACACCAUUGCUAACAUUACGUUUGCCGGCCACCCCGUGGCUUGGGUCAACAACCAGUUCCGGCGUUAUACCUAUGACAUCUCAGACUACUUGAGUUCUUCUCCUGGAGAGAACAAUCUGACGAUCGCGCUCGAGAGCGCGUGGUAUUACGGGCUGAAUGUAACAAUGCGGCCAGAUGCUGAAUACUUUCCCAAUACUCCGGUGUCCACUUCGGAUAAUUAUGAGUAUCCUAAUGUUCGUGCGUGGAUCCGCAAGAUCAACGACGACUUCGGCUGGGAUUGGGGUCCAGCUUUUGUUCCCAGUGGCAUCUAUAAACCGGCCUACCUUGUGACGCUCUCUGGGUCUGAACUUCGAGAUCCAGCUUCGAAUGCUACGUCAUGCCCUGUGACGAGCAGUUCUAUCCUUUUGGAUGAAACUUCUCUCGAUAUUUACAAGUACGGCCAAAAUACAUCUGUUGCCCCUGAUCAAUCCGCAGACUGGAUUAUCAACGUUACGUUUGCCAUUCGCUCGAUCAAAUCGUUUGAGAAGCCGACUAUCACUCUGUCCAUCCCAGAACUCAAGCUCACAUCGGAGCCGUUGAAUCCUGGACCUAUUCCUGCCAACGCCGGUGAGGAUAUAUACCUGUGUGUCAACUGGUCUAUUCCGGACAAUGCUCCUGAAAGAUGGUAUCCAAUUGAUCUUGGUGACCCCAAGCUCUACAACCUAACUGUCACUUUGGACCCAUCUCCGGGUCAAGGCGAUUGGCCAAGCGCUGAACCGAUCACUCAGACCAUCAUUACUGGCUUUCGCACCAUUCAACUAUUGCAAACUCCUUACUCCGAAAAGGAGAUUACAUUGCGAGGUAUUACCCCUGGUGACCAAUGGCAUUUCGCUAUCAACGGAAAGGCAUUCUACACCAAAGGCACGAACAUAAUCCCUUUCGAUCCCUUCUACUCCCGCAUCAAACCCGAGGCAGUUCGUUGGGUCCUGGAGAGUGCUGUUAAGAGUGGCCAAAACAUGCUUCGUGUUUGGGGUGGCGGCAUUUAUCAGCCAUCCGAUGCUGCAAUUGAUGGAGGGUUGUAUAGCUUCUACAGUCUUUGCGACGAGCUCGGUAUACUUGUGUGGUCGGAGCUCAUUUUCUCAGAUUCACUAUUCCCCAUUAACAACUUCUUGCUGGAGUCCAUCGAGCCUGAAGUGCGUCAGAAUGUCCGAAGGGUUAACAGGCACCCAAGUAAUGUACAAUGGGCCGGUGGCAACGAAAUUGAGGGUAUCGUGAUGGCAGCCAACGCCUCCCUUGCUAAUGGCACGCAUUACCUGGAUGAGUUCGUUUACAUGUUCCAAGACUACCUGCAUGAUAUUGUGCUUUCCGAGACGAACUCUGUUCCGUACACCGACUGUUCGACAACUCGCGGUGUUCUAAGUCUCGAUCCAUAUGUCCUUCGUUUUGCAAAUGGUACCCCAGGAUAUAUCUAUGGGAAUACCGAACGAUAUAACUACAAUGCCUCGGAAGCCUUUGAUCUGACGACGUACCCUGUUGGUCGGUUUGUUAGUGAAUUUGGUUUCCACUCCAUGCCCUCGUUCUACAGCUGGAAGGAGGUCCUCGAGAAUCCCGAAGACUACGCAUUCAAUUCCUCUGUCGUGAUGUCCCGUGACCACCAUCCUCCUGCUGGCAAUCUCUCGUGGCCGAACCCCAAUGCGCCUCAAGGCCAGUACCAAAUGACCGCUGCUGUCGAACUCUGGUUUCCCACUCCUGGAACUUCGGACUCGAACCAGACCUUUGCUCAAUGGUGUUGGAGCACCCAGCUUUUCCAGUCCAUGAAUAUGGUUGCCGAGAUCGCAUGGUACAGACGUGGUGCGGGUUUGGGCGAGAACAACCUCGGAAGCUUGGUUUGGCAACUCAACGACAUCUGGCAGGGUGUCAGCUGGUCAGCUAUUGAAUACUCUGGAAGAUGGAAAGUUCUUCAGUACAGCUUGGCGACUGUCUACUCCCCUGUCAUCAUCAAUCCCUUCUGGUUCCCAGGAAAUGAGUCGCUUACCAUAUUAGCUACGUCUGACCGCUGGGAGACGGUCAACGGUACCGCGCAAUUGAUAUGGUAUGACUGGAGUGGAAAUGCGAUCAGCUCUACGGCCAUGCCAUUCUCCAUCCCGACUCUGAACAACUCGCUUAUUUACGAGGGAACCGGCCUCGACGCUAUCCUGCCCCAUGGUUACAAUGCCAAGGACGUCUGGCUCCUGAUGAACGUAACCGCUACUGUGGAUAACAAACUUGUGACCAGCGAGUCCUACUUCACUCCGGUGUCGCUCGCCUACUCUAACCUCGUCGACCCACAAAUCACUGUAAUCGCAGGCGAAAACUAUACUUUCACAUUAUCUGCCAAGGGUGGCGUAGGUGCUUGGACGUGGCUUGAUCACCCUUCAGGGACGGUUGGGUACUUCCUCGAUCCUAUGACUGGGCUUCCUUCAAAUGGUUACUACCUCAUUCCUGGUAUCGAUCGCACUGUCCAAUUUAUAUCCAGCGUGGAACUUGCGACUGUCCAAAGUCCUGAUCCCGCCCACUUCGUAGUGAGGUCGUUGUGGAAUAACACUCAUAUUUAAGGCGUAGUCCGGAAAAUCAUGGACUUUUGCAAAAUACCAGCUUAUUCACGAUCAACC